AUGGAACAAGUCCAUGGCGUCGACGUCAGUUGGAUGACGCAGGGCUCACCAAAAGACAAAUUCAACAAGGCUGCCUUUACGCCCAUCAAGUCUCCCGUUGCUACUGUACAGCCACGAAGUGUCCCCCACGGUUCCCCGCCCAAGCUGAGCCCUUCAUCAACCGCUGAAAAGGUUGAGGUCAAGCAUGAACCCAAGAUCGAGACCAACGGGAAGCCAAAUGGCCGCACAGAGCCAAUUCCUCCCAACAGCUCCAGCGCGACACCGCCUCACCGUCGCAAUUCGUGGUUCUCCAACAUUUCAGCCAAAUUCUCAGGCGCCGUCCCUCAGCCAAACGGACAGCCUCAGCAGCCCAUAAACCACCAGCAGCCACCUGCACAACAGCAUCAGCCGGCGCCUCCAACAGCAAACGCAGAACCCAUUGUCCCCAAAAUUACACCGACAAAGAACGCUGUUCUCCAGCAUGGGCUGAAGCCAGAAGGCGAUGAGCCUUACACGCCGGCUCCUCCGAGAUCGGGCCAGGCCGGACUACUUGGCGUUUUUCGGCGACUUUCUUCUUCAUCAGGAGGCAAUAGUGGCCCUCUCGGCGCCGCCGGCAAGAUCAAUCAUGGAUUGGUCGAACGCCGGAUAUUGAAUGUCGAUCGGGAUCGAGACAGGUGUCCGAUCACGGAACUCAAGGAUAACAAGCUGAGACGAGUCUCUUUCUUCGUCGAUGUCGAGAUUGCGCCUAUGCCAAAGUAUGCCGAACCCGAAGCAGACACCAACUCCGUCGACCUCGCCCAAAAGAAGAAACUGAGUGAGAAGGGCGAGGGUGAGGCAUUGAAAAACCCAAAGGUUGCCGAAGCGCAGAAAGAGGCUUCCUCUUCGUCAACUGAAAGUAACGGCACAAAGAGAGCGGAUAGUCCAGACGAACAAAAAGCAGCACCAAAGGACACGACAAGAAAGAAGGAAAAGAAGAAGCGAAGUGAAGAGGAGCGCAAAGCCAGAAAAGAAAAAAGGCGGCGGCUCGCCGAAGAGAGCGGGGCCAUCCCUAUAGAGAUUCACUAUGACAGCAGCGAUUCCGCCGAGCUCAAUGGCAACGGAACCCCAAAGACGAGUACUUCCCCCACGAUAAACCCGGUUAGAAUCUAUCGAAGAUGCUGCCAGCUUCGCGAAACGCCCAUCCUGAAGAAGAUUACCGAGCAGCUGAGCGACCCUACCAACGCUUCGGCCGAUGGCGUUGUCAACAAGAUCGACCUGACGGGCUAUUUCAUGCAGCUGCAGGAUCUCAUUACCUUGGGAGACUACCUUGCCGUCGUGCCCGUGAAGGAGAUUAUUUUGCAAAACAGCGGGCUCACCGAUGAAGGCGUUAGGGUCAUUCUUGCCGGCCUAUUAGCAGCGAAGCACUCCGAAAUGGCUAGACGCAGGAAGGCCAAGCAUGCUCACGAGGAAUCAGGCGGAGUGGUGGAAAGAGUUGUGUUGAAAGAAAACAAGCUGGGCCCGGACGGCUGGAAGCACAUUUCGCUCUUCAUCUACAAGUGCCGGACGCUCAAGUACCUCGAUCUCUCUAGCAUUCCCUUUCCUCGCCAAGCGUCCUGCAACACCAACGGCGCUCUUCAGAAUGGCGUCCAUAUUCCUCUUACCAUUGCCGACAUCUUCGCCAAGGCACUCGCAGACCGCCCAGCGGGAGCAGCCCUCGAGAUGCUUAGCAUUGGUGAGACCGAGCCGAGCAUGGUGCAGUUGGGCAAAAUUAUCGACGGAGUCAUCAAAUGUGGCAUCAAACGACUCAGUACUGCUCGCAAUCCACUCGACGGGGAUGGUGUUGCGCACGUGGUGAGAUAUCUCGAGUCUGGGAAAUGCGAAGGACUCGACCUAGGCGGCAUCGAUCUCAGGGAACACAUGGACACCCUUGCCGCCUCCAUCAAGGAGACUGAUCCGCUAUGGGCACUGAGCAUAUCCGAUUGCAACCUGACCCCUUCGUCUCUCUGCAAAAUGCUACCUAUUCUGUCCAAGCUGAGCAACCUCGUCUUCAUUGACCUUUCACACAACCAUGACCUUUUCCAAUCUACGCCGAGCGCCGUUGGUCUACUUCGAAGAUAUCUACCCAAAAUGCAGACUCUCAAGAGGUUGCAUCUUUCAGACGUCAACAUGACCUCUGAGCAAGCCAUUGCGAUAGUUGAAAUCGUACCCGAGGCACGCCAUCUUUGCCAUCUUAGCCUGCUCGGAAACGCAGACAUUGUGGCCCUAGCUAGCGCCAAGACCGAAGAAGCCCAAGAAGAAGCUUGCGCUCUGUAUGCGUCACUGAUGGCUGCUACUAGGCUGUCCAGGAGCAUGAUAUGUGUGGAUAUUGAAGUUCCUAACGAAGAGGCUGGCGAAAUUGUCAAAGCUAUGGCAAAGCAGGUUGUGGCUUACUGCCUACAGAACAUUGAGCACAUGCAUGAUGCGGAGAUUAACAAGGCAGUGGCUACGGCUCUUGCCGAGGCCAAGGGAGAGACUGUCGAUACCAGAGCGCCAGGGUAUCCAGAUGUGCUGGCGCAUCUCGUCGGCAAUGACGUCCUUGUGCAUGACGAUAUCGAGGAUGAUGGCUCAGGGCCAGACGAGGACUACGUCAUCGGUGGUACAGGCGUGGUCAAGGCGCUUGCGUGCUGCCUCAAGAACCGCGGCGAUGAAUCCCGCCGGGCGUCUGGGGAAUUCUUCCGCGAGAUGAAUGCGGCAGAAGAGGAGCCUUUUGUCGGACCCAGACUCCCCACUGGCGGCAAGGCCAAGGACUUGUCGAAGCACCUGUUGGCUGGUGCUCGCAAGAUCAGACUUCGUCUGCAGCCGGCACUGACCAAGGCCAGGGCAAACCCAGGCGACGAGCUCAACUUGCGGAAGCUAAAUUUCCUGGACGAUACGCUGCAGGGUAUCAUCAAACGAUUCGAGGACGAGUAUCCCGAUACUCGCGAGGACACAGAGGAGGCGGUUACCAAGGCGCCGGCAUCCCAGACGGAGACGGAGAUACUCUCAUCGUCGCCGCCAACCUUGGAGGAUGCCGUGGCAGGCGGGUCGGACGCCGAAGACGAGGCCGAGCCACACACGCUCUCACGAUCCAACUCGAUACUGGGCAAGAAGCUGGCGGAAGAAGAGGGACGUGUACAUCGUGCCGGCCACAGGUUCCGAUCUGGAUUCACCGAUCAUAUUGAUCUGCUCUCGACGCUUGACGACGUGGAGAACGACCCCAAGCAUGUACAUGUGUUUGGCGAGCUCGCCGAAGACGUUGGCGGUGAAUUUCUGGAGUUGGCCAAGAAGAAGGGCGCUGUUCAAGCCUUUAAAGAGGACAGGGAGAUGCUGUUUUCAGCGUUGAAAGACAGCGACCCUGAAUACUGGGAGCGCUUCGUCGAAGCGCAGGGCAAGGCUCGUGCCAACAUCAAACUGCCGGCCGAUGAGAAGAAUGAAGAGAGACUACGACAGGCUCAGGCAGACGAGAGCGCCAUUGCCGACUAA